AUGGUGCUUAUAAGCAAAACAGGUUUACUUGAGGGUGUCAAGAACCCCGUCAGAAGACAUGUGCGGGCAGAAACGGUACACUUCCCCGUGGUGGCUGGACCUGCCCCCUACGCACUGAGGCCCUUCGCUGGAGUGUACAAUCCCUUCCCGUAUGGCUGCUCCAUUCUCUGCAACCACCCAGCCGACUUCGAGGCCAAGGAUGUGGUCCGCAGGGCGAAGGACACCUGGGCGAGCGAGGGCCGCGCGGCACUGGCGUACGGCGACGGAGAGGCGGCGGUGCCGGAGGAGCUGUUCCGGCGCUACACGGACACCGACUCGCGGCCACCCACGCCGGCGCCGACGCUGGCGAGCGCGGGGGCGCGCGGCUCUGGCCGGCGCUGCGUCACGCCCGACGCCGCCACCUCGGCCACGGCGUCGGCGUCGGCGGGCUCGGCGGCGGCCCGCGGGCGCUCCCGCUGCGGCGCCGGCCGCACGCUGCUCGUGCUCGACCUGCGCCGGUCGCGCAGCCAGGGCGCGCUGCCGCUGCCGCCGCCCUCGCCGCCCACGCCGCCCCCGCACCUGCCGCCGGCGCCCGGCUCGCUGUCCUCCGCGUCGGCGCCCGCCUCGCGCUGCUCCAAGGCCAGCUCCCGCAAGCGCCGCGGCCCCGCCCCCGCGCCCGUGGGCCGAGGCUCCGCCACAGCGCCGCCCCAAGCCGGCGAGCCGGCGCCGCUCCAAAAGUUGCAGUUACCUCCCAUCCACAAGAUUCAGCCGAGUCCGGAGACGUCGACGGUGCUGACGGACACGACAGGCGGCAGCGGCGACGAGGACGUCCCGCGGCGCAGGGGGAAACGGCGCAAGCGCGGAAAGAAGGGCCGCGACGGCUCGCGGGAGCCCGAGAAGGAGUUCCAGGGGAUGCCGGAGCCCGGCGAGACGCAGGUGUCGGCGCUGCCGCUGGACUCGCGGGCCGCCAGCGCCCGGCCCUCGUUCAGCGCCGCCCCCACGCCGGCGCCCGCCCCCACCCCCGCUAACUCCGUGGCCUCGGCGCCGCCUCCGUCUGCGACGCCCGCGACGCCUCCGCCGCCGGCGCACGUGUCCUUCCUGGACGCCGCCGUCCUCCGACACCUCCAGAGGGAGCUGGACCACGAGGUCGUCGACAGCGAGUUUCAGCCAAAGAAACACAAAGCACUCGAAGAAGCACUGAAAGCCCGCCCACACGAGAAGCGUCGCGCCGGAGAAGAAAUGAGGAGAUUGAAGAAGGAGCUGAAAUUGCCGCCCAGCGACACCGAACUCUGGCUCACGCUGCCUCGCAUUUUCUCUCGCCAGAGCUCUCGGUUCGAGCUGCCUCUCGACAGCCGUACUCUUAACAAAAUGUCUCCUCUACAGUACCUUCAGUCUCAUGUAGAUGUUUCAAGUGGAAGGAAACUUCUGUACAAUAUGGUUUUCAAUAGACACAGAGAAGAGUUAGAUGAUGAAGAUACUGACAGAAGAAUGAAGGGAGAGAAUGUCGUUAUUGGUCUUGAAGAAGUAAUGGGCGCUCCUCUGUCAGAUGCACAGAUUGAAAAUUUCAGGUCGCUUGUCGGCUGGCAAGGUUCUGACAAGCUGGAUUUCCGCACAUGGUGUGGUAUAUGCGCUGCUUGUGAACGUCUGCUGGGUCCACAGUUUUCAUCGCAGGUAGCUUCUAAGGAAGAUGAUCCAUGCCAUGAAGUGGAAAAAGCUGACUUUGAGACAUUGCCACGCAAACUGCAAGGUCUCUCCCCAGAUCCACGACUGCUCACUAUUUUAAAUGGCAUUCGUGAAUUGUAA